UGACUCCUCUACUACGGUUGUUCUUACCCUCCUAUAUACCUCUACAGCAGCAGUAUCUACGCGGGAACAACGACCACUCCUCUCCGGGUCUGGUUGGUGGCACCUUCCAGGUUAAGAAUGUGUCGUUGUUUUGGUUUGAAGGUACGACUAUGCAUUAUACCCAACCUAGAGGGUUUUGACCCUCUCGUGGGAUCUGGCCAUAAUAGAGCGUUCGCCUAGUGCCUCGUGCCGUGUCGCCUUGACUGAGAGGGGCGAUGCGCAACAGAGUGAUCGUCCAGGAGGCAGCUGGGCAGACAGGCAGGUGGUGGUUCCUGCUGCUGCUUACCACCAGUCCACCCACCACCUGCCUCUGGUGCCUGGGUGGUAGUCAUCCAUAUCACUCCUUCGCUGCCGCUCUGGAGGACGCUCUGUCUCCUUCAAGAAAUCCUUCCCAUGUGGGAGAAAUGCAGCCACCACAUGAGUCCUGUUCCCGACCUGUAGUCCUCCUAGUCCCUGGCCUCUCCCUUAGUGAUUUGGCCUCCUUCUUCACCGUCACGAAACACAUUCUGUUCACUUCAUCUCAUUCAACACUAUUUAAAACGAUGAACGACACAUCAAACAAUUUCAAAGAAUAAACAUUUAAGCUACGAAAUUCACGCCCAUUGUGGUAUUCCUGAACAAUAACAAAGUGACUUCUGAAAAGAGCAUCUUAUCCAUAAAAACGCCCCCGUAAGAGGUGAAAAAAAAUUAUGAGAAAUUGGUAAAAAAAAAAAAGCAACGGUAAUCUCCCCUUGUGAUACUUCCAUCCAAGAAACGAAGUGUAUGACAGUGAAAUGUGCUUUGAAUAACUCUCUCUUGAUAAGUUUCUGAACCUCACUACAAAAACGAAGGAAACUGUGGGAAAAUUAAAGGUUGGAGAACGUUCUCUCUCUCAGACAGCCCUCUCUCGGUCUGUCUCUCAUCUAUACGCGCUAGCUUGCCCACGCGUCCCCGUGCUACCCACAACAUGGAAGACCAAUCAUCAGCAGUAGAGUGCGGGAGUCAGGCGGGCUCAGACGUGAGGUCGGUCCAUCACCACCAAAGGCACCACCAGCUGGGGGCCAACACAGAGCAGUACCUGGACCAAGAACCAGACCGCCUAGGACACGAGGACGACUAUUAUGACGACGAGGAAGUGGGCACCGAUGAUAUGAGAGCAGACAACAUCAGUAACAGCUGCCGCCACACCGCCUCUCCGGCAGACUCUUCCAUGAGCAGGAAGAGCAACAAGCCGUUGAUGGAGAAGAAGCGUCGUCAACGCAUCAACCGCUGCCUCAAUGACCUCAAGACACUCGUGUUGGAGGGGAGUAAGAAGGACCCGUCAAAGUACAGCAGGCUGGAAAAAGCGGACAUCCUGGAAAUGACGGUGCGACAUGUACAGGCUUUGCACCGACACGAAGCUGCUGCAGGCGGCAGGCUGGUCGGCGGCGGGCGGCUUGUGAUCGGGGAAGAGGGCAAAUACCGCGCGGGGUACACCCACUGUGUCAGAGAGGUCGCAAAGUACUUGGCCACCUUAAGUGACCUACCCCAAGAUCUCCACAAUAAGGUGCUCUCCCAUCUUAACGCCAUCGCCAGCUCCGUAUCCUCCAAUGUAAACAGUAAUGCCACCAGCGUGCAGAACAACGUCAAUGUGAUGCCCAACCCAGCGCCCAUCAUCCUGGUGCUCAACACCACCGCUGGGGCUCCUGUCCCUCAACAACCACCACUCACACAGUCCAUCACCUUCCAGGAGAACGGUGGAAACUCCCUGGGGGCCCAACCUCAGGUGACGCUUGUAUCCACGCCUCGGUUCCAGCAGCAACAACUACAGCAAUGUGGACUCCAAAUAAUGCCGACGCACCUUAACAACGGUGAUCUGGCAUUAGUGCUCCCCGCCACCCAACAAGUUGUGUCUCACAGCAGCAGCAACACCAGAGCACCUCCCAGCGCCGCCUUGCAAGCAUCAGCACCCGUCCUGACCGCCAUUCUAACUUCAGACAGGAAUAGCUCAAUCUCUUCUUCGUCAUUUGUUCAGCCGCCAGCCUUGUCCACAAGCAGUGAUGAUUCUGCUCUGGGCACCGAGACCCUUGACACUUCAGACAGUGACAUUAGCUGCUCGGGGAUCAGCACACCCAUGUCCUUGAGCAGCGCAGGGUCACCAGUGCCUGUAGAGGAGACAGGACGAACCUCUCCCAAAAGAGCAGGCUCCUCCCGGGCAUCUCCACCACCCAGAGCCCGAAUGUGGAACAGCAGCAUCUUUAGAGAAGAGUUGGGGCCGCCGUCGUCGUCUUCAUCAUCAUCUUGUCCUAACAGAAGUAGUACCACCCGCCGUCAGCCCGUGUUGGCCCCAAAACCCACGUACCCUGCCUGGCCAUCACGCUCUGCCCCAAACGAUUAUCCUCCGAGAAUACGAAUAGAAAAGAGUCCUCCGCCUCCACCAGCCGAGCCUCAGUCCAUGUGGCGGCCGUGGCACUGACCAACCUGGCGUGGCCUUCAGUUCCCCGCCCACUGCUCACCCACAAUACUUGCCAAUCACUCCUCCCUCACAGUACAACUCAGUAUCUCAGUAGUAUAUCGCAAGCACUCACAAGGAUGGUAGUUAACAAGUACAACUGUAGUGAUGAAGAGAAAAAGCUAAUGACUUUGAGGGCUGAGUACCACUGUUAACGACGCCCUCAGAAGGUCCUCACACAUACACAAAUCUAUUUUUAUACAGCAUCGUUUGAAGUCGCUUUGAGGAAUUGUGUAAGAAAAUCAAAUUUAGUUAUGAAAAUCCAGUCAAUAUAAGCAAAUAAAACCGGCAAACAGCGAGAUGUGUGAGCGAUGUUCUGAUACUGAAAAUGCUCAAAUUGCUGGAACGACAAAAAGAAAACUACUGAAACAGAAAGAUGAUUUAAUUAAGGAAUAAAAUAAGGAUAACGUUACCAGAUCAUAAAUCAUUAAGAAGUUAAUUUACAUAAACUGGAUCAGGAAGUAGUAAACUUUCACACCUGCCAGAUGUGUGAAGGAAAGUCAUUCUCAUGUAUUUCGAGUCUCCUGGCGGUGACUUGCACAGUCUCACCUGAAGGAGACGCUCACCGCCUCAAGAUCUCCCAGAGAACCACACCGAGGACCCCCACCACUUGGAGAAAGUUCACACAAACUACUUCGUCUACACAGCUCGUGGUCUACAAAUCUGAAGGGCGAAACCAACUAGCCCGUGAUCUCAUGUUGUCGUUUUAUCACUCGAAGUUUGGAACAACGACAGAGGGAGACGGUUAAUAUUUUGCUUAAAAUUUGUAUUAUAUAUAUAUAUUUUUUUUGCAUUAAUAAUGUAUUUAAUUUUUUUGGGUGACAUUAUUAUUACUUUAAAUUUAUUUUUCUCUCAAACGAUAAAGCACACCCAAAACCCUCCCUGAGCCUCCCGCCCCUCUAGAGGUGUACCAAACUUCGUCCUGUUUUUGUCUUGAUGACACUUUUAUUGUUAUUACGCUUAACCACACUGGGCCAACUAACCGGCACCGCUGAGCACGUGUGUUGCACUGCACCAUUGCACCUUGCACCGUGUGUGUUUUUAUUUGCACCUGUACCUUGCACUUGUACCUGCACGCCCCCGCACCCCGCACCUGCACCACAUUACCUCAGAGAGAGAGUCGAGCGAGGUGCCACCUCACGCGGGCUAGUCGAGCGCCAGAUAAUCACACGACACCUUAACGAGUAUAGCUUGUAGCAUAAAAGACAGUAAACUAGGCAUUCCGUAUAGUUAAGCAGUUAGACUUUGAGAACAGCCAGCUAUCACUUCCUGAGAAUCAAACAAGGUGGUCGUGUGACUUGAAGGCAUCCUCCUUCACUUCCCGUCAGGUGUUGAAGGAAGGACACGCCCCGCGGAGGUGACACCCGGGCGACUCUCUCGUUAAGCCGUGGUGGUGUGUUCACUGUGAUCCACCGGAACCCUCGAGCCGUCACCCCCCGUGCCAUACUAUUACCCUUGCCCCCCCCCCCCUUUCACAUCACCUGCCUGUCUACUCCUCCAUUUUAACUCAACCUCCUCGUUACCCCUUCCCCCUCACCUGCACCCCUAUCGGAACACCUCAUAUCACACUCCCUUCCCUCACAGAAGAGCUCCCCCUCUUCCCCCUUUGACCUUCCACACCCCUCACCUCCCACGCUCUGAUCACGCGCACAGCUUGUAAUUAAGCACAGUAGCAGUAAUGACUAUUUAUUGUAUUUCAGGUGGGAAAUAAUCUGAAAAUAUGUUUAAAUUUUCAACUGAGCAGGGUUUAUGAACCCCACCAGUGCUUUAUCUUGCACUGGACUUAAAAAGUGUCCAGUUUGGCAACACUCAAGCGAUUUGACACACCCAAAAAAUCUUGUCUCCUAAGGACACUUCAACUUUUCCGUUUUGCUUGAAACGUUGAAUAUUUUUCUCUACUCCUCUUCCUUAGUCACUUUAUUGGUUUAAAUGGACACAUAUGGAAGAGUAGAGAGUAGAAGAAGGCAUACAACCCAUGCGCCUCAUCAGAGCUGUUGAUAGGGUUUAUUUUUUUUCCCGUUGAACGCACCCCUUUGAGUCGAACGUGCCCGUCCUCCAUCCUCCGCAUAGGAAUAAAAGGUAAACAACACAGCCACACACCUAGGUUCAACUAGUCAUGCACACUCAUCCAACAGGCACACACACUGAGGUCACUCCCUUUCCCAGUGACCUGCCCUCUAGUCAUUUUUUUUUCGAGAAUAUAUUUUUAUGGAUGUACUGUACCGCCAGCCUCUACUCUUUAGUUAUGCAUACACGAGAGAUAAGAUGUAGGGGAUGCGUAGAUCAAAGGAACAUUCGUAUAUAUCAAAUGAUGAUGUGUGCAGACGUUCUGGAACCUAAAUAGAUUAUGUAAAUUGCCCGCGAAAGAUUUUUCUUGUAUUUUCAUCGUAAACGCCGUGGCUACUCACACACACCAUUCACUCCCUUGCCCAAUUAGUCUAGCCGGAUCGUGCAGCCUUGACCACCAAAUUUAUUCAUUAGUGCGUUUUAAUGAUUUAUGUACGUUCUCAUGCUAAACGAAUUAAGAUCCUAUUCUUCACUUCUUUAUCUCCCUAACUUUAACAAGAAUUCGUGACGAUAUGAUAACGAUUUCUUACUUGGUUCUCUUCGUAAAUAAAUUAUGUCCUUUCAAAUGAUCAGCUGAAAAUCGAAUUCAGAUUCUUUAAAAGAAUACGUACAUCAGAUUUACCGUCUUAAGAUGCGCGAAGACCAAGAUGAACAAAUUCCCUCAUAAAUCCAUUUGAUACAUUAAAAUCCACGGCUUUUAAUCCGGAAUGAAGAGUACGUAGUAAGAAAGUGUCUUGUUUGACGCCUAAACCCCCUUCCCAGCCAAGACAUGAUUCAUACUCCUUUAAGAAUGGUUGGUUUUCCAAGAUUAAGGUUCUCACUUUAGGAACUGACAGUCAUCAAUUACCUAAACAAGCAGUCAAUAAGGUUACCUGUCUAUCGCCUGAAAGUUGAUGUACAGUAAUUGAUGCGCUCAAGAGAUUUUUCCCUCCAUUUUUUCCUCCAUUUAAGGCUUCAGUAAGAGCCACCCCACGAAGGUCCUCUAUGGAGGUGAGAGACCGCGUAUGAGGACUAUGAGUAUUUGGAAUACAUCUAUUGAUACCCACAAUCACAUCCGGUGAACGGUAUCUUCGUAUCCUAGUAACUGAUAUUCACACGUAUUCGAUAACCGGUUAUCACAUCCUGUAGAUGGUAACGUUAACCUUACUAUCUGGUAACUGGUAUGUUCCGAUGGGUGUUUUGUUUUGUUUUGCAAUUCACCCAAGUACCCGCACGACCGGUUAGCCAAGUCCAGUAAUCCACCAACCCGAGAUAACUCUCCUCCAACAAACUGCGUUGCAGUAGACAAUCUGGCCACGGCGCGCGCUUCCCUUGACCACAACUCACCACGCUAGGGAGCUGCGAUAGGUACUCUUGUUCCUACUGGACCAACCAAACGUGGGCAGGGCAUUGGAUAGGAGGCUCCGCACAAGGAUGGAUAACCCCUCUACCCCCAAUCCCCCUGGACGAGAGCCACUGGAUAGGGGAGACUGACUCACGCGUCGCUUUAUCCCCCAUUUCAGGAGGCGAUUCUGCUUCACCCUUGAAUAUGUUUUCGCACCCCUCUCCACAGAACGUCUCCUUCUCGCCUCCCCAAUCAACCCUUUCACCUCAUCAUUAAUCCUUAAAAGAAAAUAAUUUGUUUUAUUUUGUUAAACCCCCUUGGUGAAUAUGGACAUGUA